AUGGAAACGCUCAUAUGGACCAGACACGGGAGCAGAGAAAACCGGAGAACACACCUCGUCUACUUCAAAAUCGAUCGAAGAAGACGUAAACUCAGCCCGAUGGCGGUGCCCCCGACACAGUCUACGGCCCCCGACACAGCCCCCGACACAGUCUACGGCCCCGACACCGUCUACGGCCCCGACACAAUCAACGGCCCAGGAACAGUCUACGGCCCCGACACAGUCUACGGCCCCGACACAGUCUACGGCCCCGACACAGUCUACGGCCCCGACACAGUCUACGGCCCCGACACAGUCUACGGCCCCGACACAGUCUACAGCCCCGACACAGUCAACGGCCCAGACACAGUCAACGGCCCAGACACCGUCUACGGCCCCGACACAAUCAACGGCCCAGGAACAGUCUACGGCCCCGACACAGUCUACGGCCCCAACACAGUCUACGGCCCCGACACAGUCUACGGCCCCGACACAGUCUACGGCCCCGACACAGUCUACGGCCCCGACACAGUCUACGGCCCCGACACAGUCAACGGCCCAGACACAGUCAACGGCCCAGACACAGUCAACGGCCCAGACACAGUCAACGGCCCCGACACAGUCAACGGCCCCGACACAGUCAACGGCCCCGACACAGUCUACGGCCCAGACACAGUCUACGGCACAGACAGUCUACGGCCCAGACACAGUCUAUGGCCCCGGCACAGUCUACACCCCCGACACCGUCUACGGCACCAACACCGUCUACGGCACCAACAGUCUACGACCCCGACACAGUCUAAGGCACUGACCUGGUGUAUAUGCCGUCCAGCAGCCCCAGCCGGGCUUCAGCCGCGGGGACGUAGGAUCCCACCUGAGCCAUGA